AUGGCAGCAGACAGUCUGUGAGUGAGGCCUGCAGGCUGCUCAAGGUAACAGCUGUUAUAAAAUGGCUGGAAUUCUGAGUUUUGCGUCCAGGUCGUGGCAGUUUGGUUGCUCCAUGCUGCGUGUUGGUGUCCAGGUCUCUCAGCCCCUGGAAUCUCGAACAAUGGCAACCCUAAACCAGAUGCACCGUGCUGGUAAGCCGAAGCCUAACGUUCACAAACUGGGACCCACGUUUGGCUGUCCGCAGCUCAAGGGUGUUGUACUGAAGACCAUGAUCCGAAAACCCAAGAAACCAAACUCUGCCAAUCGCAAGUGCGCCCGUGUGCGUCUGAGCAAUGGCAAGGAGGUGGUGUGCUUCAUUCCUGGGGAGGGUCACAACCUCCAGGAACACAACAUCGUACUGGUGGAAGGAGGACGCACACAGGAUCUACCGGGAGUGAAGCUCAAAGUGGUUCGGGGAAAGUAUGACUGUGCCCACGUUAAAAAGAAAAACUAGGAGCUUGUCCAACACAUUUACUUGGUGGCCGUACUGUGACGAUCUCCUACAGACCAGGUGGCAUGAAACCCACACAAAUCUUGCUUACAGGUAACUGUUUCUAUAACAGAAGAAAACAGAAGAUUUACAAUUGAAAACAAGGAAAACAAACUGCUGUUUAAAUGGAAUUGCUUCCUAUGGAAAGAGCAUAGGCGACAUUCAAAAACAUUUCCAUGUGUGUUCUAUUGUCCCAUCAUUGUGUAGGGGUGGGGGGUCUGUCUUGCGUUGCGCGCAGCAGAAGGAUGGGAAGUGUACCACAGUAAAUUCCUUCCUCCAACCUGCUGGAAAUUAACCAAAUUUGCAAUUUUCAAAGCUCUGCACCAUGUUACAAUCCUCCCGUGUGGAUUUGUUACUGAGCGUUAGUUUGUGUGAACAUUCUGCCUGGAUAACCCCAGGAUUGUCCUACGGGUACGGUCGAACAGUCCCGCUCAGCAAUAGUGACACCCAGGCUUUGUUGGGGGCAAGGAGGAGAUACUUUGUCUUGCUCUGUACUUGUGUGUCACAUCCUAACACAGUUCUAGGAGUCGGCCUUUUCAGAGCCUGAAUAAUAAAUAAAAUGAUACAUUAUU